AUGUCUUUUUUCGAUCGCCCGCCUGCCCCGCCCACCAAACUCGGUGUCUAUCGGACUCUCUCCCCGAACGCUGGAAUCCAUGUCUCGCCGCUGCAGCUUGGGGCUGGGAGUAUUGGCGACCAGUGGCAAAAGCUCGGGAUGGGUGCCAUGAACAAAGAGGACAGCUUCAAGCUCUUGGACGCCUAUUACGACGCUGGUGGCAACUUUAUCGAUACCGCGAAUGCAUAG